AUGGCCGAAUUGGAUAGGAAAAAGAAGAGUAGAGCUGUAGUUCGCGGAGCUUUCACACGUUUGGGAAACGAACUGGAACAACUUUUAUCGGCGCAGACUGUAGAUUUGCAAAAGGCUAAAGUUACAUGGGAGCUUUUGCGCGAGAAAUGCGACGAUUUGAAGGAGCUGGAUGCCCAUUUGUAUGAAUUACUGUUAGACGAUGCUACCGAAGAGGAACUGCUGAAUGAGGUAGGAGCUUGUGACACAUAUAAAAGGCGAUAUGCUGAUUUAAGAAUGACAUUGGAAAAAUGUCAGGGAAGCAAGGCAGAAGGUGAUCAUGAUCACGUCUCGAUAAUGUCAGGACCCGUCAUAGAUAAUGGAAAUUUAGGAAAGCGAAAAUUCAAACUUCCUGAAAUAGAAUUUAAGCGCUAUGACGGCAACAUCAGAGACUGGCUGUCUUUUUGGGCACAAUUUAAAAAAGUACACGAGGGCCCAGAAAUUGACAAUCAUGACAAAAUUGAAUAUUUGUUACAAGCAACCGUGCCAAAUUCUAGAGCUAGACAGCUUGUCGAAAGUUUUCCUGUGAUUGGAGCAAGUUACAGUAAAAUCAUAGAAUGCAUGCAAUCACGAUUCGGGAGAGAAGAUCUUCAAAUUGAGUUUUAUGUAAGGGAACUUCUCACCUUAAUUUUAAGUAAUGCAGUUUCGAAAGAUAAGAUGGAUUUGUGUACAUUGUACGAUAGAAUCGAAACACAAAUCAGGUCACUCGAAACGUUAGGCAUCACUUCAGAAAAAUGUUCCGCAUUACUUUUUCCCAUUGAGUCUUGCUUGCCACAAGAGUUAUUACGUGUUUGGCAACGUACUGCACAAGCUGUUCAAAUGGUUGGCAGCACGACGAAUUUGCCCCGGCAAUUGUCUCUUGUUGAAGUUUCUCUAGAGAAUCGACUUGAAAGCCUAAUGCAAUUUUUAAAGAAUGAAGUCGAAAAUGAACAAAGAAUUACAUUGGUCACAGAAAAUUUUGGGUUAUCUGCAGGACAUUCACCGGGUCAUGGCGGUGCCAAGUCUAGGGUCGAGAGAAAAAUGGAUAGAGUUGGGGUAGCGUUACCUUCGGCUACAGAUUUAGUAAACUGCGACGCGAAUAAAUGUGUUUUUUGUAAUAAUCUGCAUAAGAGUCAGGACUGCGUGAAAGCGCGUAAAAUCAGUUUAGAAGAUCGGAGAAAACAGUUAACAGACAAACGAGCACUCUAA